GGAAGACGGGCAGUCAGAUCAUCUCCUGGAAAGCAUCAACCAAAAGCUCACCGUGACGGAAAUCUGAAGACCUCAUAUUUCUUAUAUUCUCUGAGAGUCCCCUGGAGCAUUUCCAGUGUCAUCCCCCCAUAAUCGGCAGUAACAGAAGCUCACUGGCCAGCAAGCUUUGAGUCUUUUUCUCUCUCUCCGCCUCUCACACUUGUCUUGCUACCAUGGCUCCAACACUGGCCACGGCCUUCUCCCGCCGGUGGUGGAUGGCGGUAACUGCAGUUGUGGAGAACCUGCUGUUCUCUGCGGUGCUGCUGGGAUGGGGCUCCCUGCUCAUCAUGCUGAAGUCUGAGGGAUUCUACUCCUACCUCUGCACAGAGCCCGGGAACAGCUCUGUACACAACCAUACAGAGUCGAAACCUGCAGACCCAGUGCCUGCGGACCCAGACUACACGGACUACUCAGACUACUACGGCUCGCCGACCAAGGCCCCGCCCGGCCACGCUGACGAUGGCCUGCGCAUGAACGGCUGGCUCAUCUGUAAGGAGCAGGACGAGACGCUGAACCUGGCCUUCACCAUGGGCUCUUUCCUCCUCAGUGCCAUCACCCUCCCGCUCGGCAUCGUCAUGGACAAAUACGGUCCCCGCAGCCUCCGUCUGCUUGGCAGUGCCUGCUUUGGCUUCUCCUGCCUGCUGAUUGCCUAUGGAGCCAACGACCCAAACAACAUGUCCGUCCUCAUCUUCAUCGCUCUGGCGCUGAAUGGCUUUGGCGGGAUGUGUCUGACCUUCACGUCUCUGACGCUACCCAACAUGUUCGGUGACCUCCGGUCCACCUUCAUUGCCCUCAUGAUUGGGUCCUACGCCUCCUCUGCCGUCACCUUCCCUGGCGUCAAGGUGAUCUAUGACAUCGGUGUGUCCUUCAUCACCAUCCUGGUGUUCUGGGCUGGCGGUGCCGGCCUCGUAUUCAUCAACUGCUUCCUCUGCUGGCCAUUGGAGCCUUUCCCGGGACCCGAGGACAUGGACUACACUGUGAAGAUCAAGUUUAGCUGGCUGGGCUUUGACCAUAAGAUCACCGGGAAGCAGUUCUACCAGCAGGUGACCACUGUGGGGCGCCGUCUGAGUUCGGGACAGUCCAUAAAGCACAAGGAGCUGCCCUCACAAGACGGCAACAAGCUGUGCCUGUCCACCAUGGACCUGGAGCUGAAAAGCGCGUCGGAAGAGGAAUCUCAGUCCUUCAUGAAGAGUGUCCUGAGCCCUGUUUACCUGCUGUGUCUGCUCACCAUGUCAAUCACACAGCUCCGCCUCAUCUUCUACAUGGGAGCCAUGAACAGCAUCCUGGAGGCCCAGUCCGACGGAAACCUCGACACAGUGGAGAGGAUGGAAGUGGUGAGUCUUUACUCCUCCAUCUUCGGCAUUCUGCAGCUCCUCUGUCUCAUGACCACCCCUGCGAUCGGCUGCAUCAUGGACUGGAAGCUGAAGGAAAGCGAUGAUGGAGAAGCGAAUGAGAAGGAAGUCAAGAAGGGUCAGCCACAACCCAAGAACUUUGACCGUCAGAUUCAGAAGAUCACCAACGCCACCCGGGCCUUUUUCAUCACCAACGUGCUGCUAGUUGGUUUUGGGGUGACCUGCCUGGUGCCCAACCUUCCCCUUCAGAUUCUGUCUUUUGUCCUGCACACAGUUGUCAGAGGGUUCAUCCAUUCCGCCGCCGGAGGGCUGUAUGCAGCUGUGUACCCAUCCUCUCAGUUCGGCAGCCUGACAGGGAUGCACUCCCUGGUCAGCGCACUCUUUGCACUGCUGCAGCAGCCCCUCUUCAUGGCCAUGAUGGGUCCACUAGAGGGAAACCCACUCUGGGUGGAUGUGGGUCUGCUAGGGCUCAGCCUGUUCGGCUUCUGCCUGCCCAUCUACCUGAUCUGCUUCCGCCGGCAGCUCGCCCACCAGAAGAAGGCACAGGACGAGGACGCCAAGAUCUACCUGAAGAUCAACGGCAGCAGCAGCCCAGAAGCCUUCAUAUAGAGAGAAGGGAAGAGGGAAGAGGAAAGAGAGAGAGAGAGAGAGAGAGAGCGAAGAAGAGGGAGUGAGAGGAGGAUGGGGGAGAGUAGCUCUUACUGUGACUUUAUGUCCUUUUUCCGAUUUCUUUUAGCCUUAUUCACUUAUCUCAACACAUCACCUCCUGUAGAACGACACUACUGAGAAACAAGUGUGUGUACACAUGCAGAGACACACUCACUCACACAUACACACACACACACACACACACACACACAGGAGCUCACACACACACUCUCACACACACACACACUGUCUCACACACACACACCC